GCAGUAGAGGGGUUGGCUGGAUUGUGAUAGCGACAGAUGUCUAGAGAACGGUGAGGGCGCACUCCUCAGUUACAACACAGUCCCAGGCUGCACCUCGGAGAGCAGGGGCGGAAUCUGCAGCUGUCACUCGAAAGGUUUACCUCCAUUAUCACAUCCAGCCGGAGCCUGGAAAAGAAGCCCAAGUGAUCACUCUCUAUAAAUACAGGACACACCAUGGGAGGCAAACUAAGCAAGAAGAGGAAGGGAUAUGAUGUGAGCGAUCCCAAAGAGACGAAGGGUGAGACUGCAGCGACUGCUGCCGGUGCAGAGGAGUCUGCUAAAGUAGAGGAGUCUACUAAAGUAGAGGCCGUAGCUCCACCGACAAUAGCUGAGGUGACAGCUGAAGCAAGCAAUGUGGUGAAGGAAGCUGUGGUUUCAGCUGUGGCAGCAGUAACUGAAGCUUUAGAAGUUCCAGAAGAGCCCAAAUCUGCACCUCCAGAGGAACCAGCUCCUACAGCUCCAGAGGAACAAGCUCCUCCAGCUCCAGAGGAACCAGCUCCUCCAGCUCCAGAGGAACCAGCUCCUGCAGCUCCAGUAGCAGAAGAACCAGCUCCAGCAACAGAAAAAACAGCUCCAGUAGUAGAAGAACCAGUUGCAACAGUAGAGGAACCAGCUCCAGUAGCAGUGGAGUCAGCUCCAGUUGUAAAGGAACAUGCGCCCGCACCAGUGGAGUCAGCCCCAGUCGUAGAGGAACAUGCUCCAGUAGCAGUGGAGUCAGCCCCAGUCGUAGAGGAACAUGCUCCUGCACCAGUGGAGUCAGCCCCAGUCGUAGAGGAACAUGCUCCUGCACCAGUGGAAUCAGCCCCAGUUGUAGAGGCACAAGCUUCAUCACCAGUGGAGUCAGCCCCAAUAGUAGAGGAACAUGCUCCAGCACCAGUGGAGUCAGCCCCAGUAGUAGAGGAACAUGCUCCAGUAGCAGUGGAGUCAGCCCCAAUAGUAGAGGAACAUGCUCCAGCACCAGUGGAGUCAGCCCCAGUUGUAGAGGCACAAGCUUCAGCACCAGUGGAGUCAGCCCCAGUAGUAGAGGAACAUGCUCCAGUAGUGCUCCCAGAGGCUCUAGCAGCAGCAGAACCUAUGCCAAGUGAGGUUGAGUCUGCAUCUGCACCCAAAGAGCUCCCUGUAGAAGAACCUGCUGCAGCUAUAGAAUCUGUGCCAGAGCCAGAGGUUGUUCCUGUCAGCACAGAGGAAGCCCCAAAGGACCAAGAGCCAGAGCCCAUUCCAGAGACUGUUACUGAGCCAGAAGCCACUGUUGAGGAGACAGUGGUCCCUAUAGCUGUCCCUGAACCCGAGCCAGUAGCUGAGCCAGCUGUAGAGCCAGUGCUGGAGCAAGCCCCAGAACCAAUGUUUGUGAAAGCACCCGAGCCAGAACCAGAGCAUGCACCAGAGCCAGAGCUUGAACAAACACCAGAACCAGAACCAGAGCAAAUACUAGAGCCAGAGCCUGAGCAAGUGGCCGAUGCAGUGAAAUCUGCAGCAGAGGGACAAGUAGAAGAAGUUGAGCCAGAACCAAUUGUAGCCACAUCUGACGUUGCUGAACUUAAGGCUGUGGAAGCAGAAGCCCCUAUGGUAUGGGAGACUGCAGCAGAAGAGGGAUAUAUUGAAACAGAUUCCUCCAGCACUGAGGUGGCAGCUGAGCCAGAAGCAGCAGAACCUGUCCCUGAGAUUGUCAUCUCAGAGUCCGUCUCUACCAGCGAAAUUACUGCUGAGUCUGAAGAUGUAGCUGAAGCGUUUGUGGAAGAGGUGCCUUGCCCGGAGCCUGAGGUGAAAAGCAAGAUGGAAAAUGGAGAUAUAGAGAGCCCUUCUGUUACAGAGGAUGUGGCAGAAGUAGAUGCAUUUCCAGCUGUGAAUGGAGAUUGCACAAAUUCUGCUGCGACACCGACGGAGGAAUGUGUUAAUGGUAACGAAAAGCCUGAUGAGAUGUCUAUCAAGGAGCAGAGUGACUUUGAACUGAAAAAGGAGGCGAACCUGAGCGGGGAUGUCAAGGAAGUUCUUGAUGCAGUCUCCUGCAUGGCAGAGGGUCUCUGCACUGAGGUCACCCAGGCAGUCUGAAAAAAAGCCAUCUUUCAAAUCAAUGUGAAUUCAGUUUAAUCCUCCGAUAGUGCGAGAAAGCCAUCAAGGUAUCACAAACACAGCUAGGCUUUCUGGAAUGCUGUAACCACCGCAAUGUCUAUAGUGGUAACUCAGGCAAAAGGAUGUUUUCUUUUGAGUAACCAAAAAUGAAUGCAACCACUUGAGGAGAGAAAGAGAGAGAGAGAGAGAGAGAGAGAGAGAGAGAGAGAGAGAGAGAGAGAGAGAGAGAUAGGAAGAGAGAUGGAAGUGCAGAGAGGAGAUUUGAGUUUGGAAUUGGAGGGUGACUGCAGACAGAGCGUGAAACUGGACAGCAGAGCAAAAAAUUACUGGACAGUAAAUAUGAUACUAAUGAAUGGAAUGAAUAAAUCUGUAUUUGUGUGUGAGCCCGAUUAAUAUUACAAAGUGGUUUAUUGGAACAGCAUUCAUUAUUAGUGUAUUAUCUGAUUUAGAAUGUCAUAUAUCGUUUCUAUUACUAUAUGCAGAGACAUGACUUAAAUGUUUUGGCCUUUUAUAAUAAUGGUACCUGUGAGGACUGUUCAUUUUAGAUUGAUUGUUCGGAAUAGAGAAUAAAAAAAGAUUGUUAUAGCCUA